CUAUUGGGAACCCUACAAAUGACACGCACGUACUUUAUUGCUUUGUAGUAAGCCUUCCCUUCAAGGUGUCGCUAAACGUUGUGAGAAACGUGAAAGCUUAAUAUUGGUUUAAAAAUUUCAGAUUGAGAGAUCACAAUUAUGCCUUCAGCGAAGCUUCAAUUUCUGGGCUCACUGACACAAACAGAUCCACAUCUUCAUCCAGUAGUUAUAAUUGGCCAAGUGAAAAACUUGGCAAAAAUUAAAUUCAGUGACAUUAAAAUGAAACUUGAGCCCCGAAUUACUGAAGAGGUGUACCUAAAUGCUCUGGCAAGUCUGCAGCCAUCUCCAACAGACACUUGUUCCUUAUAUCUUAAUUUGGCAACACUGGCAGCAUUGCCUGUGAAUUGCAGUCGACACAAUACUCCCUCUCGUGCACAUGCUAUCACCAAGAUUGUGAAGAGCACCACAGUUGGGGCAGAUGAAUCAGUUGUGAUUGUCUGUGAACGCCGUGAUGUUCUCGCAUCUGCAUGUGCUGUGGCCCGAGCAUACCCUCUGUUUUCACGUAAGACCUCCAGCAAUCCAUCUCAGACCUCAAAUACAACUGUGAGGGUAGAGUUCUUGUUGGUUCCUAGUUCAGAAUGUGAAGGAGCUGGGGAAAGCAAUGGAAAUGUAGAAGAGAAGCUGAUGCUGUCUUCAGAGGAUCUGCAGUGCUUGGAAAGUGCAUGUACUGGUGUAAGGCUUGCUGCGAGGAUCGUUGAUGCACCAUGCAGUGAAAUGAAUGUUGAUCACUUCUUACAGGAGAUAAGAGACAUUGCUGAUACUCUGGGGGUGUCAUCAACUAUCAUCCAAGGAGAAGACCUAAGAUUGCAAGGUUUCGGGGGUAUUUACGGUGUAGGAAAAGCAGCUGCUGUUGCCCCAGCUUUAGCAGUGCUGUCCUAUACACCUGAAGGAGCAACUCAGACUGUUGCUUGGGUUGGAAAAGGAAUUGUGUAUGACACUGGAGGACUCAGCAUCAAAGCUAAGACAGCAAUGCCGGGGAUGAAGCGGGACUGUGGUGGGGCAGCGGCUGUUCUUGGCGCGUUCUACACGGCAGUUCGGCAAGGAUUCACCCAGAACUUGCAUGCAGUCUUUUGCUUAGCAGAAAAUGCUGUUGGUCCAUAUGCAACCAGACCAGAUGACAUCCAUGUAUUACACUCUGGCAGAACUGUGGAAAUCAACAACACAGAUGCAGAAGGUCGUCUUGUAUUGGCUGAUGGAGUUUCCUAUGCACAGAAAGACUUGAAGGCCAACAUCAUAUUGGACAUUGCCACACUCACAGGGGCACAGGGCAUCAGCACAGGGAAAUAUCAUGGAGCUGUUCUUACCAAUAGUGAGCAGUGGGAAGAAGCAGCUGUCCUGGCAAGCAGGUUAUCGGGUGACCUUCUGUUCCCUAUCCCUUAUUGCCCUGAGCUACAGUUCAGUGAAUUUGCUUCUGCAGUUGCCGACAUGAAGAACUCUGUUGCUGACCGAAGUAAUGCUCAGUCAUCUUGUGCUGGCCUGUUCAUUGGAUCACACUUGGGAUUUGAUUUCCAAGGCAUUUGGAUUCACGUGGAUAUGGCCUUUCCUGCUUAUAUUGGAGAGCGUGCUACAGGGUUUGGAGUUGCACUAUUGGCCACACUGUUCGGGAAAUAUUCUCAAGACCGACUCCUGCGAAGUCUUGGUCCAGAACUGAAAUGCAGUGGAUCAGAAAUUCAAAAUGCUUGUAAGAAAAUUAAGCGAAAUUGACAAAGGAAUUCCUUUCAAUAACUCUUUCAGUUGAUAGAAUGCUUACAUAGUUGAAUGAGAAGGUGGGUACAUGAGAAUUUUAAAUUAAUUAGGUACUUUGGGGUUCAGAGGUGGUACAAAAAUAGCAGAGGAACUUUCAUCUUCAUGGAAAAGUGAACAGACAUUAAAGCUGUGGUAAUCAGAAAAUAUUUUACCUUUGAUAUUCAUGAAAUGAAGAUACUAGUAACAGUUUUGGAUUCCAUUGACAGGUUAGUUGCAAGCGUUUCUUUUUGGAACUGAAUGCCAGUUCUCAUGCUUGGGGUGAAAGAAAGGUUACCCAGUUUGGUAGCAGUUACGCCUUUCUGGUGCCAAAUAAGAAGGCUCUAGAAGAAUUACCAGAUUUUUGUAGAAUGUGUUGAUUUUUUAUUUUUACAUAUACUGUUUGUGUGUUUAUAUAUAUGAAAUACAUGCAGUAGGAAACCAGGGUGUAAGCCAAACUCAGCAGAAUGUUACCAGCAUUCUUAAACACUCAUGGACACAGAUGGCAUUGUUUAAUAUAAAUUUGUUUGGAAAUAUUAUAUAUAAAUUUGAAUUAAACCAUUUGCAUUUCAAAGUGCAAAUUAGGCAAGUUCUUAUGAACCUCCAGAGUGACACACACAGACACAGAACUCUUCAUUAACAGCUUGGAAAUUUCUGCAGUACUUUGUAAACUGUUGUAAAUCAAAUUCUCCAUAGUGCAUAAGUAUAAGGCAGUAUCAUGUAGCUCUGCUUACCAAUCCUGAGUUAAGGAACUGAGAUUUGGUCACAGUAAUUACAAAGGACUUGCUCUAGAUAUUACUCAUUUUCAGUUAAAAACUAGCAACUGUACAUGUGAAGAGUCCAAUAUGGCUGAUAAUUUUCAUUAAGUUUAAUAAUAUUGCUGUUCCUUGCUAAAUUUUAUUAACCCUUCAAGCUGGUAGCUGAUAGUGAGAAGGCUCCUUUAUCAAAGGUAUCCAAAGUACUUACUGGCCAUUUGCAGAUACCAAGACAGAACAUCAUUGAACCACAAGACCUUGAAACAUUGUACUUCCCAUUUCUUCUAUCUGUUUGUUCAUACAUGUGACUGCACACAAGUCAUUUCUUUUGUUUCUUCUGAUGUCAACACUGUAUCAACCAGUAAGCAACAUGACACAUACUAGCCUUUCAUGCAGUCAAAAUUUCUAAUAAAAAAAAAGAUGUUUCACAGGAACCUGAUAACAGAAACAUUAGAAUUUUUAUAGUGGGAGUAAAUAAGAUACUGAUGAAGAUGAUGAGUGUUGUGGUUGAAAAACCAUCAGAUAAUGAGGAAAGUGAAGCUGAUAUUGCAAGUGAUGCAGAAGAUAAGUUAAUGAGCAAUUUGCUGUUGAAACAACCAUGAUUGGAGAAUGAUUAGAAAUGGGAAAAAUUUCACAAUUCAUAUGUCACAAAUUUCUUACUGAGGCCAUUUAAACAUUGUUAACUUAGUGGAUGUUUAAAUACCAACUUGAAGGGUAAAAUGAACACUGUGCUUCCAGAACCUAAAGGUUUAGCAGCAUGAAUAUCAGAGCCUGUCAUUGGGCAUAAUAACAAAAACAAUUUGAGAAACAGUUUUAGAAAGUAGAUAGGAGGAUACCAAUUUUUAAACUAAAUAGCAAUUUUUACUUUUAACUUUCAGCAAUACUGGACUAGCACUUCUUACAAAACUCCAAAUUUGAACUCAAAGUAUUCACAUUAUAUUUAUAGUUGUGGAUUCUUAAUAAAAUUCAACAACAAAAUUAUUCUGUAGUCCCAUAUUAUUUGUGGGUCAAAAUUAAUUUUAAGAUUAUCUCAUCUAAUAUUUACUGGAUCAAAAAAUUUCAAGUAAAUGUGUGUAUGAGCACCUCUUCAAAUAUGUCAGCAGUAUGGAAAUUUCCCAAUAAUUUGCACAUACAAAGGGCUUUAUUCAUUGACCUUUAUAGCUUAGUGUUCAUGCCCUCAGUUUUCAUGUACUGAUACUGCUUCUUAUGCUCACUUUUAAAGCCUUAUUCUAAAAAGAGUAGUGCCAUAGGUAGAAGAUAAAUAUUGGGACAUAGCCCAAACUCAUGCAAAUUAAAAAGUUCUAAAACUAUACUUAAAACUGUUGAAAUGCAUGUAAGUGUGGUUGAAUAAUAACAAUUAUUGGGUUAAUAGUUUA